UCCUGGUUUGAAUAUAAAAUUGUGGACAUAUGAGUAAUACCAAGUUUGUUAAGUUUAAAGCUGAAUAAUGGAGAUAAAGGAUCAAAACGUUCUUUUGAAAAUAGUAUUAUUCGUUUCCUACGGACUUUGUCUGUGCGGUGGUACCCAAUGCGAUUCCAACUGCACUAAUUGUGACACCAGUGGAACGUCUGGAUCAUGUCUUAAGUGCGAAGACGGCUUCUAUCCAAAUCGGUAUGAUAAUAGUUGUCGGCCUUGUACUUAUCCAAAAUGCCAAACGUGUUCUAAUCCCUCCCUUUGUGACUUAUGCCAAGACGGUUUUUGGGGGGAAACCUGUAUCGCAACAUGUGCAGAAGGGUGUGUUGAUGGAAAAUGCAAUACUUCUAACGGUGUUUGUCCAUGUCUAAAGAACUAUUACGGAAAUAAAUGCGAAGGAAAAUGUUCAGACAAUUGCGUUCCUUCCACUUGCUUUGGUGAAACUGGUAAUUGUGUAUGUAAACAAGGUUAUUAUGGGGCAUCGUGUCGCUCACAAUGUGGCGAUUAUUGCGCCGAUUGUAUAAAUGUCACGUCAUGCUCAUUGUGUGAAACAGGAAAGUUUGGUAGUUCGUGUCAAUUCAAAUGUAAAUGCGAUGUCAAUGCAGAAUGCGAUAUUAUGACGGGAUUGUGUCUCCCUUGUGGAACAGACUGUUUGUCUUGCAUUAAUAACGAGUGCACUUCAUGUGUAAGUGGAAAAUAUGGAAGUCGAUGUGAGUAUACGUGCUCGUCUACUUGCAAUGAUGUGUGUGACAUACAAGGGCAUUGUCAGUCGUGUGUGUCAGGGUAUCAUGGUCAUCAAUGUGAAUUUAAAUGCAAUUGUGAGUUUGGGUGCGUUCAAGUUCAUGGCAAAUGUGUUAAUAAAGCUUGUCCAGUCAACUGUUAUGGUACCUGUGAUGAUUCAUCACAUACAUGUUCCUCAUGUAACCGUGGUUAUCACGGACCAUAUUGCGACUUAACGUGUCCUGGUAAAUGUGCUGAUUCACGUUGUUAUGCCAAUGGUAGCUGUUUGUCCUGUGAAUCGGGAUAUUACGGAAUCAGUUGCAACAUGGAAUGUCAACAGAACUGUGAGAGUAAUACAUGUCGUCAGAAUGAUGGAUUAUGUGAGGUCUGCCCUACAAACUGUGUAUCAUGUGAGUCCAAAUCCACUUGUACCCUUUGCAAAGAAUCAAGUUAUGGACAAUUCUGCCAUUUAUCUUGCAACGACGACUGUACAGAAAAAAUGUGCAAUAUCAAAGGUGUAUGUUACAAUUGUUCUACGUUAUCUGCUUUUGGUAGUUACUGCAAUUUAACAUGCAAUCAUGAUUGUUAUUUGUCUACAUGUGAUAGAUACACAGGUGCUUGUAGUAGCUGUAAAAAUAACUCAGUGUUUGGAAUGUUUUGUAAUGAAACAUGUAGUCCGUAUUGUCUUGGUAACGAAUGUAAACGAGAGAGUGGGGUGUGCUUAAACGGAUGCAGCGAUGGUUACUUCGGAACUAUUUGUGAUCAGGAAUGUUCUCAAGGAUGCCGAAAUAAAGCUGGAAUAAUAUGUGAUCUAGAAGGUACAUGUCUUGGAGGAUGCACUGAAGGAUACGUUGGCAAAAGCUGCAAACCAGACGACCGUAACCAGCAAACUGAAAAAACUCACUCUGGUUCUGUGAUCGGUGGAGCGGUUGGUGGUGUGCUUGGCGUGUGUGUUGUCGUAGCGCUAGUGGUGGUUGUCCUGGUAUUGAAGAAGAAAGGGAUUAUUUGGAAGGAGAGCAAGAAGACGUAUGAGGAUAUAUCAUCAGGAAGAAGUCAAGAUGAACCCUACACAACAUUGGCAGCUGCGAGCACGACCGAGUACGAAUUACCCGAUUCGGAGCCAAGGUCCGAGCUGACCAUCGAAGGUGAAGACAACCGGGUGUAUUACAAUGAUGAGAGGGCCUACUAUAAGAAUGUCGGGGGAAAUGUUCAUAAAACAUGAACAUGUACACAAACAGAUAGAGCACAUGUGUUUAUAGUAUGUUUCCACCGGUGUAUAUUUUCACAACCGCUUACUUGUUGUAUCAGCGCUAUGUUUGAUUUAGAUUUGACUGCAUUACGAGGGUAUCCAUGUACACUGCACAAAUUA